UGUGUCACACGUUUGUGCAGUCUCCUCUUUGAGGUUAGCAAACGUGAGUUUGAGUUAAACUUUCAAACCUGUGAUGGUUUCAGUACGUGUCCCUGCAGCACGCUUGAAGCAACCAUCCUUCUCUUUUCCUGUCUCUCACAGGUUUUUGCAAAAAGUUCACAGCAGGGAUGAGAAACACGCCCCCUCUGAACAGAAACCACACGUUUUUUUAUUUUUUAACAAUUUCCCCUUUAAGCUGUUCUCACAAACUCAUUUUAGUUCAUUUAAAUCAAAACAAAAAGUUAAAUACAUUCACUACUAGUCAUUUUCAGUCAUUUCACAUCAGAUUUUCUGACCUGCUGUGGCAUGUGUGUGUGUUUCAAGUCAGCAGCCGCCUCAUUUCAUCCCAGACGGUCGUGCUUUUGCACCCUGAUGUGCAUCUGCCCUUUCUUCCUUCGCUGCUUUAGCAGGGAGCGAAAGAAGGUCUCAAACACAAGACAACUACGAGACUUAUCUCGGCCACGCAGCUUCUGGCCGAGCCAUCUGACUGCUGGUUUAUCUGCGCCGACACACACCCUCUCACGCGGGGAGAGUGUCACUCCACCCCCUCCACCUCCUCCUCACUGCUGCUGACUCCAUUGCUCACUCUCCUCUCGCCUCCUUGUCUCACUCGUCUUCGGAUGCCAGUGGCUCCUAGUCAUGGAGGAGACAACAGUCACAGACCAGCCAGAAGCGACCAUCAGGAAACCCUCAGCCGGGGAAGAGGAGGAAGUGAAGAAUUCCUCCACAGGAAGUGAAGAUGGCUGCAAACUCCCUGCAGUAGAGGACGUCGUCCUCACGCAGCCCGGCCUCGGCGUCACCACGACCACCAUCACCACCAUCACCCAGACGGGAGGACAGUGGAGCACCGGCCUGUUCAACGUCUGUGGAGACAAGACGACAUGUCUUCUCGGGGCUCUGGUGCCAUGCUGCUUGGACAUCAGUUUGGCUCAUCAGUAUGGAGAGUGCCUCUGCUUGCCUCUCCUACCGGGAUCCACUUUUGCCAUCCGGGUGGGGAUCAGGGAGCGUUACAAGAUACAGGGAAGUGUGUGUGAGGACUGGACUGCUGUGUACUGCUGCUACCCUCUGGCUGUGUGUCAGAUGAUAAGAGAGAUGAAGAGGAGGAUGAAGACCCAGACGUAUCAUGUGUCCACGGCUCUGGAAUGCUCCUGAAGACCCGGAGACCUCUCCUUUAACACUGAAAUAGAGAUUAACCUCAGGAAUCAAUACUGUAACGCUUGAACUUGCUUUAAAAUGCCUCCAAGGAUCCCUUGGGAAAUAAAUUAAGUCCAUUGCUUGUCAUUCAAAGGGACUUAGAACUUUGAUUAAUGGCUUGUACAAGUAAAUCACAGCUUUAAACAGUGUGCGCCAGGAUUAAAUCCCCUUUAAAUGUUGCUGCUUGUUAGCAGCUCAUUUAAUGUGUCAGCCUCAGCCUAAGUUAUCUUCUGGGACCAGUGCAGUAGGACUGGGGUAAUGGUGCUAUUUAAAACAGAAUGAAAGAUUCACUGGACACUUUAUUAGGUACACCUUACUAGUAUGGGGUUGGACCUCCAUUUGCCUUCAGAACUGCCUUGCGUUCCUCAGAAUUUGGUCCAUAUUGACAUGUUAGCAUCACGCAGUUACUGCAGAUUUGUCGGCUGAACAUCCAUGAUGCCGAUCUCCCAUUCCUCAACAUCACAAAGGUGAUCUAUUGGGCUGAGAUCAGGUGUCUGUGGAGGGCAUUUGAGUCGAGGGAAUUCACUGUCAUGUUCAAGAAACCAGUCUGAGCUGAUUCCACUUUCCAAUUUUCAGUUAGGCGCGCAUUCAAGCGGCCACCUUCAAUGAAAAGUCUAAAAUUCUGCUCUAUGCACGUUUACAUAGACUUCUCAUUAAAAGUGACCGCUUGAAUGGACGCCGACCCAGCCAGUGAGUGAACAUUUUAACAGCUACAACAAAGCCCCCCCACCCUCUCACCCAGCUUAGACAGAGGCUGCAUCAGGCAAGGAGGGACAAAGUUAUUGAUUGUGUCAAUCUUUUGAGUUAUUUAACUGAUGUUUUUAAUUAUUACAUGUCUUUUGCAUUUUACACAAAAUGGCUGGUGUGUCAAACUGAAAAAAAAAAAAAAUAAUAAUAUUAUAUAGCCUAUUCAUUGUAAUUUGGCACCCCCUCCAGCAGAUGGCACCCUAGGCGAUCGCCUAUGUUGCAUUUGCUCAGGGCCGGUCCUGCUAGAAGUAGCCAAGACUGUAUGACACUGUGGUCAUACAGGAGUCAGCAACAAUACUGUGGCGUCGUAACCAUGCUCAAUUGGUACUAAGGGGAGUAACGUGUUCCAAGAAAAUAUUCACCACACUAUUACACCACCACCAUCCUGAACCAUUGAUGGCUGGAUAGAUUCAUGCUUUCAUGUUCUUGAUACCAAAUUCUGACCUUAACAACCAAAUGUCGCAGUAGAAAAGGAGAUUUCUCCAACUAUCCAAUCUUAUAUUGUCCAAUUUUGGUGAGUCUGUGUGAAUUGUAGCCCCAGUUUUCUGUUCUGUUCAACCAUCCCACGUUCAAAGACACUUCAAUCACCUUUCUUCCCCAUUCCAAUACUCAGUUUGAACUGCAGCACUUUGUCUUGACCAUGUCUACAUGCCUGAAUGCAUUGAGAUGCUGUCAUGUGAUUGGCCGAUUGGAAAUGUCUUUUAACGAGCAGUUGGACAGGUGUGCCUAUAAGUGUAUCUACCAGGUUCACUCUGCUUUUUUCCGUCCAGACAAUAGAAGCUUAUUGAUAGACGGCGCACUGAAGAAAGUCCAGGAGUUUGUAAAUGAUUUGUCCAGAAUUCAAGUUGUUCUUAUGUGCAUAAUCACAUUAAAUGUAACCACAUAGAUGCAUGUGAGAUAUUGGUGGAUUUACAUCAGAGCAUUACAGAUCUACAAAUAAGAUCCAGAUCUCAUUUAUAUGUCACACUGGUGUAAAUCUAGCAAAGGAACCACAAAGUUCCACUUUAGAUUGAUCUAAGAACUAGUUUAGCUUCUAAGGAAAAGGCUAUCACUAGAACUCAAACUGUGCAAGUUCAUUAUCCAAAACCACCUGCCCAGUUAACCAGGAAACAGGCCAAAACCCGGCUUCUCAUUAUUUAGAGUUGUGGUGUAAUAAAUCUGAUUCCAGUGUUCCAGUUAGUCUUUCAGCCCUUUUUCCUCAGCUCUCCUUGAGGCAUUCGUAUCAUUAAUUCUGUCCUGAUUGCCACAGUUCCUUGAGCCUGAAAUGCCAACCGGGCUGAGCGGAUAUGAAAAUGAUUAUUUAUUCGCAAACGGAGAUGGAUCCUCAAAGGGCAAACAUGUAAUUUGUUAACUCUUACAGAUGUGCUUUCCCACCUGGCAGUUGUCAAAAAAAAA